AUGCACCCCAUUACCCGCUCCUAUGAAAGUGCGAAGAAUGUGAUGAUCUCGUGCACCCUUGACGUCGCUGGUCAACGCAUGUGUUGCGAAGUGUCCGUUGUGGAGCAAUGGUGCGAUAAUGCGCAGAAGAUCUUCCAUAAGUGGUAUAUUGUUGAAGGCCAGAGCGGUCCUAGUCAAGGUGUGCUCGAGGCAAAGCACCGCAUGUAUGCGUCAAGCUAA